GCUGACGCGCAUUAUUUAUAAAUACGCGUCCGAUUCAUCGGACUUUCUCAGGCGACGAAAGUAUGCGACGAUUCAGUGAUAUCAAGUGGUCUUGUCUCUUCUAGUGUGUGAGUUAAGAAACGUUCCGUUCCACGAGGGUCGUUGCUCAACCAUGCUAUUCUGUCAAGGUGAAAGGAAUUUCUCGACUUAGGCUAGGAUGUCACAUCACAGCGACGACAACAUGCUGAUAGCAACCUCGGACUCCUUCUGGGAGCCGGGUAACUACAAACGGACAACCAAGAGGAUCGAGGACGGGCACAAGCUCUGCGACAGCUUAAUAGCUCUAGUCCAAGAAAGGGCGGAGAUCGAGAAGAGUUACGCGAAAGCGUUGAAAAAUUGGUCGAAGAAUUGGAACGACAAGAUUGAGAAAGGACCGGAAUAUGGGACCACCGAGGCUGCGUGGAAAGGCGUUCUCGUCGAAUCGGACAGGCUGUGUGAUCUUCACCUCAGGGUCAAAGAGAAUCUCUGUAACGACAUCAUUCAGCAGGUGAAAACGUGGCAGAAAGAUACCUAUCAUAAGUCGAUGAUGACUCUGAAGGAGCGCAAAGAACAGGAGGACGCGUUCAAGAAGGCACAGAAGCCAUGGGCGAAGCUUUUGCAGAAAGUGGAAAAAGCGAAGUCAGAGUAUCACAACAGCUGUAAAACCGAGCGGACCGCGGCGAAUAUGGAGAGGAACGCAUCGGCCGACAGUUCGCUUUCCCCUGACCAGAUGGCCCGAGGCUCUGAAAACGUGAAGAAGAUGCAGGACAGGGUGCAGAAGACGAAAGAAGAGGUACAAAAGGCGAAAGAGAAAUACGAGGCGGCGUUGCAAGAAAUUAAUCAGUACAACCCGAAAUAUAUGGAGGACAUGACUCAGGUGUUCGAGAAGUGUCAAGAGAUGGAGGCGCAGCGGCUUCAAUUCUUCAAGGAAGUUCUCUUUGGCAUUCACAAAUGCCUCAAUAUAUCUCAGGAUCCGAUACUUCCACAAAUAUACGAGGAGUUCUACCAUACGAUUAAUAACGCGGAUCACGAAAAGGAUCUGAAAUGGUGGUCGAAUAAUCACGGUGUAAAUAUGGCGAUGAAUUGGCCGCAGUUCGAGGACUACACAGAGGAGUUCCGUGACAUCACCAAAGGGUCGAAGUCGAAGGAGGCACUUCCGGCUGGCUCCAUCACGCUCAUCAAUCAGCGCCCGGUCGGCGAGGAUGUGCAUGAAUACCCACCGGUUAAUAAUAAAUCAAAAUCGAAGCCUACUGCACGGGUAAUAUCGACAGACGGCAACCACGGGGAUAACAAAACCGAAACGAUUAGUUCCAGCAAACAUCCUUCAGAGAAAAAUAAUCACGAUGGCAAUUCAUUGAAUAGGACCGCUACUAUCACUAAUGGUACGAAUGCCAAACAAGAAACAAAUCCAUUCGAAGAGGAAGAGUGGGAGGAGUAUAGCCGCGAACCGUUGGUAGAUAAUGGAGAACCUGGUGUUCUUGUACGCGCAUUGUACGAUUAUGAAGGGGUCGACGUAGACGAGCUUAGCUUUAAAGAAGGCGACAUAUUCGAUAAAUUAGCAGACAAAGACGAGCAAGGAUGGUGUAAAGGACGAAAAGACGGUAGAGUGGGUCUUUAUCCCGCAAGCUACGUAGAGCUUGUGUCCCCGUAAAUUACCACGUGAAGCCAAAUUUCAUGAACACUGUUAGUUACUUAACACGUAACACGUACG